CGUCUUCGUGUCAAGACAAAUCAACAUAACCGAAAGAUGUUAAUUUCAGUCAUUUGUUUGGUAAUAACAAUAUGCGGGCUUUUAGCGCUCUACGAUAUGAGAAGACCUCGAAAAUAUCCACCUGGUCCAAAAAUUAUACCAAUAGUAGGCAAUUUUUUGUACUACAGAGAAAGACUAAAGGUAUUGGGAUAUCAUCAUUUGGUAUGGAUGGAACUUUAUCAUCAAUUCGGCGAAGUAGUGGGUAUGAAAUUGGGUAGAAAUUACGUGGUUGGUAUUUUUGGAGCAGACUUAAUUAAAGAAGUGUUGAAUAGAGAUGAAUUUGAUGGUAGACCUGACGGGUUUUUUUUUCGACUUCGAACAUUUGGCAAACGUUUAGGUAUUGUUUUCUCUGAUGGCCAGUUCUGGCAGAACCAAAGAAAAUUUUCUAUCCAACAUUUACGGAACUUUGGCUUUGGAAGAAAAGAAAUGGAAGAGAAAAUUCUUGAAGAGACAAAAGAACUCAUAGAAAUUUUCAAACAACGUAAUUCCGAGCCUAUUUUUAUGCACAACGCUUUUGAUGUCGCUGUUCUAAACGGUUUGUGGGCCAUGAUGGCAGGAGAACGAUUUCAUAUUGAAGACGAGAGAUUGAGAAAGCUGCUUCAAAUUAUUCACGAUGCUUUUAGAUUAGUGGAUAUUUCUGGGGGAAUGUUGAAUCAAAUGCCUUUUUUGCGAUACAUUGCUCCAAAUGCUAGUGGAUAUAAUCAGAUAAAGAAUAUUUUACGCAGAAUGUGGGAUUUCUUAGAGGAAACCAUAUCCGAACAUAGAAAGACUUUUAUUGAUGUACAACAACCACGUGAUCUUAUUGAUGCAUUUUUACAAAAAAUUGAUGUCAAGAGUGACCCUACAUUCACUGAUGAUCAGCUUAUGUCUCUGUGCCUGGAUUUAUUUAUGGCAGGGGCUGAAACCACCAGUAAUACCUUAGGUUUUGCAAUUUUAACAAUGGUACUUUAUCCCGAUAUUCAGAAAAAAGUUCAAGAUGAAAUGGACAGGGAAGUUGGGCGAAAUAGAUGGCCUACGCUUAACGACAGAAUUAGGUUGAGAUAUACAGAAGCAGUACUCAUGGAACUCCAAAGACGUAUAACAAUUGCUCCUCUCGGCAUUGCUCAUCGUGCUACAAAAGACUCUAAUCUUUGCGGUUAUUCGAUUCCCGAAGACACUAUUAUUCUGACCAAUUUAUUCAGUGUUCAUAUGGAUGAUAAAAAUUGGACAAAUCCAUAUGAAUUUAGACCCGAAAGAUUUCUCGAUCGAAACGGUGAUUUGAUUCUUAACAACAAAUAUUACAUACCUUUUGGUAGUGGUAAAAGACGAUGUCUCGGAGAAUCUCUAGGAAAAGCAAAUAUCUUCUUAUUUUUUACAGCGGUUUUGCACAAUUUUUUUGUAGAAAAAUCUGAAGACUCAGUAUUGAAACUAGAAGGGUACGAUGGUGUAACAAUGGCGCCUAAGCCCUUCAGUGUUAGAUUAAUUUUCAGACAUGAUUAAAUUCGUAGAAUAAAAUUUAAUUUUGUAAUAAGUGAAUAAAAAUUGCAAUAUUGAAA